AUGGUCCACGGUCCAAUUUCACUAUUUUAUCCGCUAGAUCGGAUAGUAGAUACCAGAGAGUUUCAACGCCUCAGAGAUCUCAAACAACUGGGAGUAACAUACCUAGUGUAUCCUUGUAGUACUCACAGUCGAUUUGUACACAGUUUAGGCACCUAUUGGCUGGCGUUCAAAUUUGUUGAACUUUUAAAACGGGAUACAUCACUAAAUAUUACGGGACAAGAUCAUCUUUGCGUAUCACUAGCGGCUCUCUGCCACGAUCUCGGUCAUGGCCCAUUCUCACACUUAUUUGAUGGGGCAUUUCGGGACGCCUCAAGAGCGUCUAAAUACACG